UCUGAUUUUGAUUUCUUGAAUUCCUGAUAUCUCUCUGUUCUCUCUUUUAGAAGUUUGUUUCACACGGUAGAGAUGCAGAUUUGUACUAACCUUGCAACAUAAAUCAUGGAAGAUCAUCUCAGGUUUUAGUCCUUUAUGACUUACAUGAGUAAAUUUUGGCAGUUGGUCUCCUAGUUGGACUGGGGUUCACACUUGAUAGAUUGACUUCUUUGGUUAGCUGGGCUUCUCUCAUUGGGAAGUGAGCCUUAGAUUCUUUUCUUCACGAAACCUCUCUUCUUUCAUCUUUCCCAAUGAUGCAGAUUGACUUCUAGUCAGUCUCUCUCUCUCUCUCUCUCUCUAACUGCAAGUUUGGCUUCUUCAGUGAGGACAAUUUGUGGUUAAGCCAUUGGUGGGCAUAUGGGGAAGCUGAGUUUUGGCUGGAUGUUGGAUAUUCUCUGUCUCUCUCCUGGCUCAAACUCAUCUUGCUUUUGCAUAAACUCCUUGGGCUGUAAAGAUGAGUCUGAGAGAAGGUCACUUAUUCCAAGUAAUGGAGGACAGUUGGUGAAGUUGAGGGAUUUUAUUGAUGGGAAUCAGUCUUUGGCUUUUCACUUGAAGCCCAAGACAGUUGUGUUAAGGGUUUCCAUGCAUUGCAAUGGUUGUGCAAGAAAAGUUAAGAAACACAUCUCCAAGAUGGAAGGAGUAACCUCAUUUGAAGUAGACUUGGAAAGCAAGAAGGUGGUGGUGAUAGGUGAUAUUCUUCCAUUUGAAGUGUUGGAGAGUGUCUCAAAGGUGAAGACUGCAGAGCUCUGGGCUUCUUCUUUAUCUAAGGAAGUAGAGCCAGAAAGAGAAAUGAUUUAGGUUUCAUUUAUUAACAAUGUAAUUAAAAGAAUGAUAGCUAGAAGCAUUGUGUGGGUUGUGGUUCCUCAUCUUUUGAUGCUUAUGACAUCAAAGUGAGCAACAACAUGGUUGCAGGACUGUGUAAUAAACAAGUCCAGCAGUCCAUACUUCAUACUUGGUUCUAUAGUAAGCCUUUCAUUGGUGGUCUUCUUCCA